AUGGAGACCAUCGCGCAGCUGCAAGCGCACAUCCGCCAAACGCAGCUCAACCAGACUCAGCCCACGGCUGCAGCAGCCUCCUCUGGUGCGCUGACGGCAGAAUUGGCCAGUCGGCUUCAAGCUGUCGAGCGACGCUUGACGACCGCAGAGUCGGAGAACAUGAUGCGUCACAACGAACAGCAGCGUAGACUUGAUCAAGUCGGCAGCACGCAAACUGAUCUCAGAUCUGCCUGGCGCCGUCACGAUGAAAGCCUGACGCAGCUCCAGCUGCAAAGCAACACCACGGCCGCAUCGGUAGCCACUCAAAUUCGUCAGGCUUUGACCGUGAUGCACGAUAAAAUUGAUCGACAAGCCGUAAUUCAGGAGCAGCUCCAGGCCAAUGUGCUUCAGCUCCAUGAGACGAUGGUUGAACAGCAGCAGCGCGCGGACCAGCGCCAAGAUACACUUAACAAGCACAUUGAAAGCCUCACCGCAGGCACGCACUUAUUGCAAGAAAACCAGGCUCACACACACACACGGACAAAUGCACUGGAUGCGCGCUGUGCGCAGCUUGAAACUGGCUUCCAGGACGCCCACGACAACUUGCGUGAGCAUGUCCAAGAGGGGCUGACAGAUACGCGACGUCAGCUUGAUGCCGUCAGCGAGCAACUGCGGCACAUGACGGCCCUGCAGUCGGGUGACCUCCAAACCGUCAUGAAUGAUUUGCAGCACAUGCAGGGGCACCAGCAGGCUGCAAUUGAUGAGGUUCGACAGGCCCUGCAAACUGAAAUCGAUGACGUUCGGGGCGCUCUGGCCACCCAGCGUGAUGCUCAGCGCCAACAGCUGCAAGCUGCGCAAGGCGACGUACAAGCCCUCGUGGCCGCCCAACUGACCGCCCAUCAGAAAACGCUUGCAAGCGAGCUGAAGCGAGUUGAUGAUGCGCUCAGCCGCGCCACCUCUAGUGCUGCGGGCGAGCUGCAAAAGCUAAAUCGCAACAUCACCGCCGUCGCAGACACCACGGGUCAACGAUUACAUCAGACCGAGGCGGUGCUGCAGGCGGAGAUCCUAAGUCGACAACGCUUGCAAGGCGCGGUGGAGAGCCAACGCCGUACUGGCCACGAUGAUUUGCGUCAAGCCGCUGAUGCGUUACGUGCUGAAUGGGAUGAGCGCCUGCAAGCGCAAGCUGUGAAGUCGCGCGACUACGUUGAGCGGCGUUCACAAGACCUGCGCGUUGCAAUCGAUCAGGCUCAGCGGGCCUCCCAGGACUUGGCAGCCCAAAUCCAAGCUCUUCAGGCUAAUGCCAAGAUUCUGGAGCGAGCCCAGGGCGCUAAAGUUGAGCUUCUGGCUCGAACGGUCACGCGUCAUCAGGAAGAUGCGGCCCAGGGGCGCCAGACCUUGGAGCGGCAUCUUGAACUCAUCCGACGCUCUCUGGGUGCCAAAGUCGACCAAACAGCCUUUGAUGCGAAGAGCACUGCGUUGCGGGCUGAAAUGCAGGCAUGGACAGAGCAGCACAAUCAAGAUGGCCAGUCGCUGGCGCAGCGCAUUGAGCAGCUAUCCCGUCAGCAGGACGUGCACCUCCAACAUGCCAUGCUGGGGCUCAAGGAUGAGAUGACAUACGUCAAGGACGUUAUGGCACAGCUGCAAGUUCGCACCCAAGCCGUAGCCUUGGCGCAGGAUGCACAGCGACUUGGGCUGGCGACGACGAGUGAUUCGCCUACGCCACUGGAACCGGAACCCCAUCAUUCGGCUGCACUGCAGGUUCUGACGCCCGUUGCCCCCGCCACACCACCGCCAGGUGCCCCGCGUCGGUCUUCGCGUGGCCAUCUGGCAAGCCGUGGUAGUAGUGGAGGCAUUCGCUCGAGAUCUGUGAGCCCACCAUUGGCUGCCUCACAACCAACUUCUGAUGCCAUCACUCCGACCGUGCUCGUGGAAGACGCUGACGGCCAAGAUGAGAUGGAAGACAUGUCCAAGGACAUGCCUCUGGAUCCCGUCAUUCAGCCUUUGACGGCAGCGCAUCGUAAAGAAGAGUUGGCCGAGGACUCUCAAUCUGGGCUUAGCGUCGUGCUUGAGGAAGACGAGGAGCCUGAAGACGAUGAAGCCGAGCUGGAUCAAACCACAACCGAGACCCCUGAUGAUGAGGGAAAGGAGGCAAGCGACCGCCGAAUCGAAGCUUUCGACGAACCUGAAGCAAGGGCCAGUGAUGCUGGAGACGAAUCACCGGAUGCAGAGGGAGACGAGACACCAAAGGACGGCAGUGAUGAGCUGCCUGACAGUGAUGGGGAGCGCGAAGAACUCAACAAUGACGAUGGCAGAGCACGGAAUGAUGUGAAGCACAAUGAGUCCCACCAAGAGGUGGACUGA